AUGUCUUCUAAUUGUCGCACUGAAGAAUUCAAUUUGGAGCGCAAAGAACUAAAAAUCCGCUUUCGUAGUUCGGGGUAUGUUGUACUUACGGAUGGAGCAGCGACCAUUUUUGGUGCACCUCUAAAAAAAAAUACCCGCUACGACUUUUCCAUGUGUAGCAUACCAGUGGUAUCUCCUGUGGCGUGUCGACUUCACGUGGGAGGGGAUUUCACCAGCGUGGUAACAUAUAUUCGUACUGAUGUGUAUGACAUCCAUGCUGUGCUUGAUUUCGCGCGCCAUGAAGCCAGCAAACGCGGUGUACCGUCUUUAAACGACACCAAUCCUGGAGGCACGUCAUCAAACUCUUUGAAGGAGGGGCCAUGGGGCCCACGUGUCCUCGUAGUUGGUGACGUGAAUACCGGGAAGAGUAGUUUGUGCCGCUCACUUGCGAAUAUGGCAGUCGCAUCGCAGGUUCAUGGGGUUGCCCUUGUGGACGUGGAUGUUGGGCAACAAGGUAUUACCUGCCCAGGAAGUGUUGCAACAGCGUUUGUUGAUAACUAUUUACCGAUUGAUGAGGGGUUUAAUACGGUGAUGCCAUUAACGGCCUUCUUUGGUGAUAAAACCGUAAAUGCUUCCACUCGAGGACGAUAUUUGGAUCUAUGUGCAUCGUUGGCACGGGGAAUUAUAUCUUUUAGUUUGGCCACCCCAAAAUUUGCUGCCGGUGGCGUUAUUGUGAAUACUAUGGGGUGGGUAACUGACAUGGGGCUUGACCUCCUUUUUCAGCUACUUUCCGUGUUCAGUAUCACGCAUGUUGUAGUCUGUGGUUCAGGUAACAAACUUACAGAAACCUUGCGUAAUGCAGUGAUCGACGAGAAAAUCAUUUUUCUCAAAUACCCAAAGCAAACGGGAGUGUUCAAGCGCAAGGGUAACGUUCGCGACAGCUGGCGUGCAGAGCAAAUUGUAAGUUACUUUCAAGGGACGAAACGUACCCCUUUAUUGUCUUACAGAGCUGUUUGUUACGUAAAGGACGUUCACUUCAUCCACGCUUUAAAGUUGGAACCUCUUUCCUGGAAGGACGUUGAACCUCUUAGUUUAGCUGCUGUUUCUUGGACAGAUUCCCUAGAAGCAGUCAACGAUAUAAAUGUUGCCGGGUUUAUUGUUCUUCUGGAGGUAGGGGAAACAUUCUUUUCGUUUCUCUCCCCGGUAGCGGGUACGCUUCCCAAACCUUUCAUUUUGGUUUCGCCGACUAUCAGGCUUCCACGGGAUAAAGUGCCACCUUUACAAGCCCCAUGA